CGACUACUAUCAUCUCACUCGAUUACCUCUACCGUAGAGACCGCAUAUGGCUUGAUAGCGACGAGUUAACUUGGCGGAAACAUGAGUCACCGCGUCCAUCUUGCACCCAGAGCUUUAGUAGACCUCCGUCGAGGCUUCAACAGAAGAAACCGGUUACGAUAUUCCCGGACAAUCCUUCUUCUGUCGAUGAAAGUCUUCGGAUGCACGAAGAAUCUUAUACGCCUGGUAUUGGUGGUAUCUCCAGAAUCGAUAUCGUCCAAUUUGCAUGUGCGGAACCAACGGAGGACGAUUUUUCCACGAUAAUAGUACCCGUCCCAUCCGGUCACUGGUCCUUCUUCGCAUUAUUUGACGGUCACGUCGGCUGGGAAACGAGCGCAUGGCUGCGCGAAAACCUCAUUCCAGCCCUGAUUGGCUCUCUCUCGGACCUCUACACCGAACUCUCACCUUCCUCUGACUCCAUUGCCUCUACUAUAAAGUCUACAUUUGUAGCGUUGGACGAAGACAUAUGCAACCUCCCUCUCAUGCGCGUAUUUUCUUCUCCGGUCAACAGAACACUUGCGACCAACCUCCUCGGCCCAGCCUAUGCUGGCUCAUGCGCUCUUCUCGCUUUCUACGAUCCAUCAUCCCAUUACCUCCACACAGCAUUAACAGGCGACCUUCGCGCCGUCCUAGGUCGCAUAUCCUGCAACAAUCCGCUCACGUACAAGGCCCUCCCUCUUACUCGAGACCAAAACGCCCACAAUCCAUCCGAAUUGAGCCGUCUCAACGCUGCCCAUCCAGGGGAAACCGUCGUCCAAGACGGACGCGUUCUCGGCUGGGGUGUCUCCCGUGCCUUCGGCGAUGCUUUGAUGAAAUGGCCAAUAGAAACCGCUCGGAAGUUGUAUAAGGAGGGAUGGAUGGGAACACGACCUUACGGAAAUGUGAAGACUCCGCCCUAUUUUACUGCUGAGCCUGAGGUUGGGUGUAUCGAGAUCCAAGAGGGCAGCGGUGAUUUUCUGGUGCUGGCUACGGACGGGUUUUGGGAGUGUUUGACGAAUGAGGAAGCCGUGGGGUUGGUAGGCAUGUGGAGCGAUGGUCAUCGAAAGAGGGGCUUGGACGAAGGCAGGAAGGAGGGUGGUGCAGAUCUGGUGAGGGAGGAAGCGUGGAAUGAUGAUCUGCCUGUGCAUUGGUCCGACGGACAAGAGAAGGGGAAGGAUGAGACGGUAAGAUGGAGACAGUGGGGACUAGAGAAGAAGACGUUCGUGUUAGGGGAUAGGGAGAAUGCGGCAACACAUCUCCUGAGGAACGCCCUGGGAGGGGCGGAGAAUGAUGUCACUUCUGCGUUGCUGAGUAUGCGCCAGCCGAGGAAGAGAUCUUAUGUGGACGAUAUCACAAUCAUGGUUGUAUUCUUCGAUUAGCGUACACGUACCGUCAUCGCAUCGUCGACGUCUAUACGCAGGAUGCAUACUGUUCUGUUGGUGGUAUUUCUUCGACUCCUCGGCGUGAUUGCUUCAUUGCUACCGCCAGAAUGGUGCCGACGUACCGAAACCGUAAAGAACAGUGGCUCUCCGGUAUGUCACUCAUCCGAUGACGAGGUACAGACCUUGGCGUUGGCUGUCGUCGUUCCUUCUCCUACCCGCAGGAGGAUUUGUCAAUUCCUACCACGCUACCGAGGCAUUCUGAUAACGCAUAUUCUGCAGCCGCAUGUCCCAUCGAUUACAGUAUACCAUGAAAGAUGUAUUCGUCCGCCCUACCAACAUCGCGGCUUCCGGUAUAUCAUUGUCUGACCUUCGAUGCGCUUCGUGUAAUUGCAUAUUCUC